CACUCAUCUUUGUCAGUGAACAAAAUGGCGUCUUACUGCUUAACUGUCACAAGACUGCGGCUGGCCCUUGGAACCGGGGCGAGGCGUCUUCAUGUCUCCGCGGCCUUCAGCGCCAAGGCCAAGGUGGCCAUGAGCCGGUUUGAGCCCAGCUCCAGCGUUAACUAUGAGAAGAUGCACGAGAACAUCGACAUUGUGCGCAGGAGGCUCGGCAGGCCUCUCACUCUGUCGGAGAAGAUUGUGUACGGUCACCUGGAUGAUCCAGCAGGGCAGGCCAUCGAGCGCGGCCGCACCUAUCUGCGCCUGCGUCCGGACCGCGUGGCGAUGCAGGAUGCUACCGCUCAAAUGGCAAUGCUUCAGUUCAUCAGCAGUGGGCUGCCCAGGGUGGCGGUUCCCUCCACGAUCCACUGUGAUCAUCUGAUUGAGGCUCAGAUCGGAGGACCUGAGGACCUGCAGAGGGCCAAGGAAGUAAAUGAGGAAGUGUACAACUUUCUUGCCUCUGCUGGUGCCAAAUAUGGAGUAGGCUUCUGGAAACCCGGUUCAGGCAUCAUCCAUCAGAUCAUCCUGGAGAAUUAUGCCUAUCCUGGAGUGAUGCUGAUUGGUACAGACUCCCACACUCCCAAUGGCGGUGGCCUGGGGUCCAUCUGUAUCGGAGUGGGUGGAGCUGAUGCCGUGGACGUCAUGGCUGGAAUCCCUUGGGAGCUCAAGUGUCCUAAUGUGAUUGGAGUGAAGCUGACCGGAAGCUUGUCUGGCUGGACCUCUCCGAAGGACGUCAUCCUGAAGGUGGCUGGCAUCCUGACUGUGAAGGGAGGAACUGGUGCCAUCGUGGAGUAUCAUGGGCCUGGAGUUGACUCCAUCUCCUGCACUGGAAUGGCCACUAUCUGUAACAUGGGCGCUGAGAUUGGAGCCACCACGUCCAUUUUCCCCUACAACCACCGCAUGAAGACGUACAUGGAGAAAACCGGCCGUGGAGAUAUUUCUGUCCUGGCUGAUCACUUCAAAGAGGACUUGGUGCCAGAUAAUGGCUGUGAAUACGACCAGGUCGUAGAGAUCAACCUGAGUGAGUUGAAGCCCCACAUCAACGGCCCGUUCACCCCUGACCUGUGUCACCCAGUGUCUGAGAUCGGAGCCAUAGCUAAGAAGAAUGGCUGGCCCCUGGAAGUUAAAGUUGGUCUCAUCGGCAGCUGCACCAACUCCAGCUACGAGGACAUGGGCAGGGCGGCCUCUCUGGCCAAGCAGGCUCUGGAUAAAGGUCUGAAGUGCAAGGCCCUGUUCACGGUCACCCCCGGCUCUGAGCAGAUCCGCGCCACUAUCGAGAGAGAUGGAUAUACCAAGAUCCUGAGUGAUGUCGGUGGAAUCGUCCUUGCCAAUGCGUGUGGACCCUGCAUCGGUCAAUGGGACAGGAAGGACGUGAAAAAAGGAGAGAAGAAUACGAUUGUCACGUCCUACAACAGGAACUUCACUGCUAGGAAUGACGCAAACCCAGCUACUCAUGCUUUUGUCACCUCUCCUGAGAUCGUCACUGCCAUGGCGAUUGCCGGGACCCUCGACUUCAACCCCGAGACCGACUACCUGACCGCUGCAAAUGGAGAGAAGUUCAAGCUGGAAGCCCCCACCGGGGACGAGCUCCCCUCCAGAGACUUCGACCCGGGCCAGGACACCUACCAGUACCCCCCUGCCGAGGGCGGCUCAAUAACGGUGACCGUGAGCCCCACCAGCAACCGUCUGCAGCUUCUGGAGCCCUUCGACAAGUGGCAUGGAAAAGACUUGGAGGGCAUGAGGAUCCUCAUCAAGGUGAAGGGGAAGUGCACCACUGACCACAUCAGUGCUGCCGGGCCCUGGCUGAAGUUCCGCGGCCACUUGGACAACAUCUCCAACAACAUGCUCAUCGGUGCAGUCAACAUUGACAAUGAUGGCGUCAACAAGGUCAAGAACCUGCUGACGGGAGACUUUGGAGGUGUGCCUGAUGUGGCUCGCCACUACAAGGCCAAUGGAGUGAACUGGGUGGUGGUUGGAGAUGAGAACUACGGAGAAGGCUCCAGCAGGGAGCACGCUGCGCUGGAGCCACGGCACCUCGGAGGACGCGCCAUUAUCGUCAAGAGCUUUGCCAGAAUCCACGAGACGAAUCUGAAGAAGCAGGGCCUGCUGCCUCUGACCUUUGACAACCCCCAGGACUACGACAAAAUACGCCCUGAUGACAAGAUUUCAAUCAUUGGGCUGCCCUCCCUCGCUCCCGGCAAGCCCCUGACGGCAGCACUCGAGCACAGCGAUGGCAGCCAUGAGUCCAUCACUCUGAACCACACCUUCAACGAGACGCAGCUCGAGUGGUUCAGGGCCGGCUCCGCUCUCAACAGGAUGAAGGAGCUCCAGUAAUCGGUGGAGAGGAGGGAGGUGGGGCCUGUAGGGGCCACUGAGGGGCCUUGGCAUGGGUUAGGAAGGGGAGAGAUGUGGGCCAAGAGAGGGGCUUUGCAAAGAGGAGGAGACAAUGUGAACGAUGGAUGGCAACCAGACUGGCUGGUUUAAGGGACAGCUGUAGUCAUGCUCAGUUAAAGAAUACACACACACACACACACACACGGUCACUGUACAGAUAAAAAGCACACACACACACACAUAUAUACAAGCAGGCACAUGCACAGACAGGACUGGUGGAAGCAUUAACGUGAAGCAUAAUUCAUUAUCAGCUCCACUAUAUCCACCCUUUUCAUGGCCGUAUACAAACCUGAUUCAGCCACUGGACUCAUGAAAGUUAAGGCACCGUUUGCCUCGGUAGUUUCCAUCCAAACAGCUCAAUAAGCUCACCGUGUUGUUCAACUCUCAUUAAUGUACUUUCCCCUCAUUUCCUGCGGAACAUCUUCCCCACAUCCUCUCGGUGAGGACCUCCACUAGUCGUCCUUCCCUUUCCUCCUGUAGUGAGCUGCUAGAGUUCCCAUCAUUCACUUAAACGCGCGUUUCCAUGCCGAUUGUAGUUUGGCGUCACACUGUAAACGAUCUACCGGGCCCACCUAGUGCUUUCCCAAACUGCUACAUUUCGGCCAACACACGUGUCUGUGUUCACUCCCAGCUGCGCUUCCUUUGGUUGUUUGCUCGUUCUCUCUCUUUUUGUAUGAUAUAACACCCCGUUGUGUGAACACUUGGACACUAGAACAUCCAACCACAUCACCUACUGCCAUUGAGUUAGCACUACCAUUGUUAUUUUCGUGUGUGUGUGUUUGUUAACAUCGGUCUGUGUUCACAUCUGUGUGUCCCUCUUUGCUCAUCUUGUCUCUCUUGUUGUCAUGCAGUCCAAACCAGAACCUGAGUGUCUGGGGACAAAGGCUGUAAUCAGAUUAGUGUUGCCAGGAAUCCCAUUUCUAAUAUACACUCUGUUGUCGCAUGUAGACACCGGAUAUCUUCUGUGCUCAUCGGAAUUGAAGCACAACGUUGUCCCGGAGAAAGUCGUCUGCGAUGUCCCGAGAAAGCUCUUCUCUUUGAUAGUCGCUCUUUUGUCCCAUCCUCCCAACUAAGCUUCCCAGACGGUCUGUUAUCGUGGUCUGUCCGUGUUUAGCCGUGUUCAGUUUGUCCUCGUCGUCUUCUGGAGUUGCCAGCGUGUGACAUUGCCUCGUGUAGCUGCGACGGGAGAUGAUGUGUUUGUGUUCUAGGCAUUGAUUGUUUUUCUUCAGGUUGAGGUUCGGCCCUCCGCAGCAAGAGGAGGCCGGCUGUCGCACACUAACACACAAUCUAGUGUCCAGAUGCCUGUACACUAGCACUUUGUAGAGUUCAGAAAGUAGUCUUAGGUGUGCUCUGCCACGCUUCCUUUAUCCUCUGCAAACCUUUCACUCUUUGUGUGUGUGUGUGACUAUAGGACAUACGUGACAUGCAUGCAACUCGUAAUUCUCAUUAUUGAGACACACGUUUUCAGACUGGAAAAUGAUUCGGGAUCCUUUAUUGUUUUAAGUCUUGCCAUGUUGUAGACCUCCUGUACGCCACUGAGAUAGUCUGGUGGUGUGUGUGUGGGAUGUUUGUGGUCCUUGUUGAUAUGUUUUUUUGCGUGGGAUUAUUCAGUUUAGCUCCUCGUCAUCUAGAAAGUCUUUUAAUCUGUCACUUCACCCUGGAGGUAGACUUCGCUUUAGAUUGAUAAUCACAGACACUGAGGUGAAUCCCUAUGAACUAAAACGAUAGUGUGUGUAAAUGAUGUGAUUUAUAUAUGUAUGUGUAUAUAUAUAUGUGUGUGUGUAUAUAUAAGAGAGCGCUGUACUUUGUAUCAGGAUGUGUAAAUACAUGAUAAAAUCCUUAUAUAAAUACAUAUAAAGAGUUGUUAACUCUGUUUGUGACCCCCCCCCGUUGUCCACUUCUGGUGUGUGUGUGUGAAAUUCAAAGCAGAUACUGGGUCGUAGCAGUCGGUUGCUGCUGGGCUGUGGCGGUGAAGAGGGUCUUGAAAUAUUAGGACGGGUCUUGGUGGUUUAGUGUAUAUUUCUUUAUCGUUUUAGUUUUGUUCAAAAGAGGUGAUUAGAAACUGCAGCAGCCUAACUUCAAAGACGUUAAUGAGUCCAUGAAGGUGUCAUCCGUUCCCAAAUAGCCAUCAUAUUUUCAUUCCCUUUUUUUUUAAACCCAUCCCUGCGAUGGUUAAACACUCCUCACCACUGUAACAGAUUUACUGCCAAAGAUGCCUCAUGGAAACACUGACAUGUUAGGAAGUAAUGGUUAUCCAUAAAUUGUGUUUGAGAAAUCAUCAAUGACUGUGUGUUCGUUCGCCCUGUGCAUAAUUAUCUGAUCAACCGGGCUGUUGUUACCUACAGGAUCAAUGUGUAUCAAUAAAUCAUCUUCAAAACUACUGAAUGGUUAAUCAUCCUUUGUCCUCCGUCAGCAUAUUUAACACAGUGUGGUGCAGUUUGCUCACGCUGUGAUGUAAGAUGAUGUUUUAUUGUGCAGGAGUUUAAAAAGCGCUUCUGUGGAGGGACGAAUCAAACGAUGUCGUUCAUGAAGACCCGCGUGUCACUUUGGACUCCGGUGUGUUUGAAGACAAUUCGACAACAUGCUUCACUUGUUCGGAUACAGCAGAUAAAUAUGGAAUGUGAACAUCUGCUUUGUUUCAGUCACACUCCGGUAUAAGCAUUACAGUUUUGUAAAGUAGAUGAUACAAACGCCUCCAGUUGUAUUGCUUGAGAGAUUGAAUAUGUAUUGACAUCAACAUAACCAGUAAAUUAAUAAAGAUAAAGUUGUGAAGUGAA